AUGAGAGAUGUCAAGACCUCCGUCUCCAUCUCCGGCGGGUGUGCGCUCCAGUUCCUCUCCCCAAGUAAGUCAAGCCGCAUCCAUUUCGAUCACUUUCGGGGACUUCAGCAUUCCCCAUUGCCCCUAUUCAAGAUCCUGAAUGCUGACGCGGGAUAUCCUGAGCAGACUUCAACCUCGACCUACUCCCUAUUAGACCCUCAAGAAACCGCGGAGCGCCUGCAAACAUCUCUUACCCAUGGACUCACCCCGGCAGAGGCCGAGGUGCGCUUGAUACGGGAUGGACCGAAUGAAUUGCCUCACGAGGAGCCCGAGCCGCUGUGGCUGCGGUUUCUCAAGCAGUUCCGGGAAACAUUGAUCUUGCUACUUCUAGGAUCAGCAGCGAUUUCGUUUUUCAUGGGAAAUUACGAUGACGCCGUCAGCAUCACUCUCGCCGUAACAAUUGUCGUUACCGUAGGGUUCGUCCAGGAGUAUCGGUCGGAGAAAUCCUUGGAGGCACUGAGCCGCCUGGUACCGCAUCAUGCACAUCUUAUCCGUGACGUUCCCCAUUGGAACACUCCCCCCAUGGACAGCUCCAUACCCGCCGCUCCCGCAGGACCCGAUGAAGACAUGGAAUUGCAGGAACUUCGAAGCAAGAGUCCAGGCUCGGCGGUCAAGGCCUCCACCACGGUUCCUGCUGCCGAAUUGGUGCCGGGUGACAUGGUUCUUUUUAGUGUCGGUGACCGCAUUCCAGCAGAUAUCAGAAUCACCGCUGCAACGGACCUGUCCAUCGAUGAAUCUAAUCUCACCGGGGAGAACGAGCCGGUUACAAAGUUUGCCGACGCCAUUCGGAAUUCGAAGAACCUUUCAACCCAUUCGCCUAAAAUUGUCAGCCCCCCGCGGUCUCCGUUUUACGAUGCCCCAGCCAGUGGGGCUGUAGGAGCGGAUAUCCGCUUGAACGAACAACACAAUAUUGCCUUUAUGGGAACUUUGGUUAGAUCGGGAUAUGGACAAGGAAUUGUCAUCGGCACUGGUGCAAAAACGGAGUUCGGCAGCAUUUCCGCGUCAUUGCAGGAGAUUGAGAGCCCAAGAACGCCACUACAACUCUCAAUGGAUCGCCUGGGUCAAGAAUUGAGCUAUGUCUCUUUUGGUGUCAUCGCGUUGAUUGUUGUGAUAGGGUUGCUUCAAGGCCGCAAGCUUCUUGAAAUGUUUACCAUUGGUGUCUCUCUGGCUGUCGCGGCGAUCCCUGAAGGACUCCCCAUCAUUGUGACGGUAACCCUUGCUCUGGGCGUGCUGCGCAUGGCAAAGAGGGGAGCCAUCAUGCGAAGACUUCCAAGUGUUGAGACGCUGGGAUCAGUAAACGUUGUCUGCAGCGAUAAAACGGGAACACUCACUCUCAAUCAUAUGACUGUCACGAAAAUGUGGCAUUUUGACUGUCCUGAGCCAUUCGAAGUGCACAACGACAUCACAUCUUUAACCCCAGGACCUGCAGCUCGAACCGUUCUUCGAAUUGGAAACAUUGCCAAUAAUGCCAGACUGUCACGUGUGAACGCGAACUCGCCCGCGAGCGCAUCAUCAGCCGCAGUGCUGUCUUCGACUGAUGAUAGAGCCUCUGGAUCCGUCAAGAGCAGGUGGGUGGGUCAACCCACCGAUGUCGCCAUAUUGGAUCUAUUAGACACCUUCGGGGAGGAUGAUGUACGUGAUCGAAUCAGUGCUCGCGUUGCCGAAACUCCCUUUAGUUCCGAACGCAAGUGGAUGGGCGUGAUUAUUGGAAGCGGCUCUUCCGGCGAGACAAACGUUGCCUAUAUCAAGGGUGCGCUGGAGCAGGUUCUAAACAGAUGUGAUACCUACCUAACCAAGGACGGCCGCGAAGUCAUCUUGGAUGAGCGACGGCGCCAGACUGUCCGACAGGCAGCCGAGCAGAUGGCAUCGGAAGGUCUGAGAGUGCUCGCUUUCGCCAGUGGAGCUGUGAGAGAUUCGUCUAGAGGAAGGCCUUUUGGGAGCAGGACCGGCACCCCUACUUCUAAAAGCAGCCAGGGCGAUGACGACGAUCGGUAUACUGGAUUGGUCUUCUCUGGACUGGUGGGGAUGAACGAUCCACCCCGGAAGAAUGUCCACAAGGCGAUCAGGCGCCUAAUGGCUGGAGGGGUACGAAUCAUCAUGAUAACCGGUGAUGCAGAAACCACAGCCGUGGCCAUUGCAAAGAAACUCGGAAUGCCAAUCAGUGACGCUCCGGGUUCGCGGCCUGUGCUCAGUGGGGAAAAUAUUGAUCGAAUGAGCACGGAGGAGCUUGCGCAAGCGAUAGCUUCUGUUUCAAUUUUUGCCCGCACCAGUCCAGAUCAUAAAAUGAAAAUCGUUCGUGCACUUCAGUCCCGAGGCGAUGUGGUAGCCAUGACCGGAGAUGGUGUGAACGAUGCUCCGGCGCUGAAGAAAGCCGAUAUUGGCAUCUCGAUGGGAAAGCUAGGUACCGACGUCGCUAAGGAAGCCGCGGAUAUGAUAUUAACGGACGAUGAUUUCUCGACCAUCCUGCGAGCCAUUGAGCAGGGCAAAGGAAUCUUUUAUAACAUCCAGAAUUUCAUUACAUUCCAGCUCAGUACUAGCGUCGCCGCCUUGAGUCUCGUGCUGUUGAGUACGACUCUGGGCUUCAAGAACCCCCUCAAUGCCAUGCAGAUUCUCUGGAUCAACAUCCUCAUGGAUGGCCCUCCGGCGCAGUCAUUGGGUGUAGAGCCGGUCGAUCCGACGAUCAUGAGUCGUCCGCCGCGACCCAGAACAGCCCGGGUCCUCACGAAGCCGCUCAUCCAACGGGUAGUCACUGCGGCUCUGACGAUCAUGAUGGGCACCUUGGCGAUUUACGUGUACGAGAUGGGCGAUGCGGACGACGGCAUGACCCCUGGCAAGCGAUCUCGAGUGGUUACGGCGCAUGACACGACGAUGACAUUUACCUGCUUCGUGCUCUUUGACAUGUUUAACGCCCUUGCUUGCCGCAGUGAGGGCAAAUCUGUGCUUCGCGGCGAAAUCUCACUCUUCGGAAACAAGAUGUUCAAUUACGCAGUGUUCGGAUCCCUGGCCGGUCAAGCCUGCGUGAUUUACCUGCCCUUCCUGCAAAGGAUCUUCCAGACGGAACCACUCAACUUCGCCCAUCUGUUCAAGUUGUUGUGUAUCUCGAGUUCGGUCUUUUGGGUCGACGAGGCUCGAAAAUUCUACCAGACUUUGAAGCGGCGCCGGGCCGUUGGGGUAGGGUACAGUGUGAAUGUUUGA